UUGCGAUCAAUUGCGAUAUGUAUUGCGAAUUGCGAGUCGUUCUGAAACAUUCGAGUCAUUCCGAUGAGAAAUAAAUGACGCAGUAAUCUUUUUCGCGAGUUUCGUUACGGUGGAUCUGCAGUAUCUGCCCGUGCAGAAACGCGCGUUCUCGCAGCCAUGGUCUACGUUGUCGGCUUUCUCUCGUAGAAUUGGUAAAGGCUCGUGGCAGUCGUGGUCCGUCGUAUGGAGUUAUGUCGUGGAAAAUGCUCCGAAGCAAUGUGUCUCGCAGGAUUCUCGCGGUGCUCACGGUAAUACUCGAGAUUUCGGCUACCAAGCAUUGGUACGUCACGGAAAAUGGAAGAAUUCAGCCACAGCACGACAGUGUUUUUGAUAUGCGCCGACCAUACGAUCUUCUAGGAUUCUUGGAGCAGGAAAAACGUAGGGAAACAGCUGAUGUUAUAUAUGAGAAAAUUUCAAGAAAAGAAGUAUCUAUUGACAACCAGUUUGUUGGCCUGGGCAUGGCUGAUGCGGAAAAUGCAAACUCAGACUGUUUCUCAUGGGACAAAUCAUUGCCUGACAUUGACGUACAUGCUAGUAUAGUGAUCGAUUAUAAGCUUAAAGAUGGGAUAGACCAAACAUAUUAUAUGUUAUAUAACGUGGUGGCUAAUAGUAAACAAACAGUUCCAGACUGUCGGAAAACUUUUCCAUUAGAUUUCAGUAUAUACACGUUCGAACAUCUUAAAGCAAUGCAGAAUCGAAAGAAUCUAAUACAACGCGAAGAACUUGGCUUAAUGAAAUAUUUACCAUUGAACACCGAUCUCAAUCAAUUCGGCCAUCAACUCGCCUACAGUUUAUUUCGCAAUAGUACUUCCUGGAUAUAUUUAAAUCUAGCGUCGAUUUAUUGGCGGAUCAGAGGAAACGCUUAUAAUGCUUUAGAAUGCAGUCGUAGAGCGAUUGUACGCGCUCCAAGGCAAUAUCGCGAUAUUCCUCUUCUGACUACCGCUGGCAUUUUACACGCUGCGAGAUAUUCUGGCGAGGCUGCGAUUAUCUUACACGCGGCGAUAGAUCAUAAUCCAACAGAGAGUUAUCAUCAUCUGGCGCUGGGCCACGUUUACAUGUCUCUCGGAGACUUUGAUCGAUCUGCAGCAUGCUACGAUAACUGUUUAAAAUUGGCACCUGACACGAUAGAGGCCAAACAGAUGAAAUAUGCCAUACUAUGUCAUCAUUUGUUGGAAACGUCUUUGCUAUUGUUUGAUCAGCGUUUACGAAAUGUGUUAACGGAAAUACAUGCGUAUCACGAUUGGAAGGAAGAAUGGCUCAAGCUCUAUGAGCACAUGCUCUGGGAACAAAAUAUUAAAUCUACUACCAGGGAAAUUAAGCUUGCUUUUGCGCGAGAACAAAAUCUACAUUUACUUGCGAUAAAUCCGGUUAAAAGACCAAUUCAUUAUAUCGAUAAUGACAUUGUAUUAUCUUACAUGGAUUUAGGCGACAGAAAAAAAAUAGCUGAGAACAUGCUACAGAAUGUUCAUGUUAGUCUCAGCUUGUUAAAAAAUCUACAGAAACAAGUGAAGGAGCGUAAUAAUCGUAUCUCAAAAGACAUGAUGACGGAACUAGAUGUAGAGUACAAUAAUUUAUUUGCCUCGCCAACAAAGAGUCCAAAAUAUUACAAUAUGGAAAUUAAGAAAGGAAAUGAAGAUUUUGAAGCUGAUCAUUGGCCAAAGAUAUCAGAUUGUGAUAGUUCUAUGCUAAUGUUUGGAGAUGGAAAGCAAUAUUUACCUAUUUAUUUAGCACCUGAAAACAAAGGUUAUGCGACACACUUGUUCGUGAAUGAAUUGAUUGACAUAGAACCAUGGAAGAAGUAUCCGUUACCAUGGCAUCCACCAAUAUGUCAAUCACCAAAGUCGUUUAAUGAGCGAUAUAUUACACGUACAUUAUUAGACGCAACUAUGCAGCAGCAUUCGUCAGACACUUCACUAAAACCAUUUCUACAUAAUUUGGUUCACACCGCAGACUUGGCAGAAAUUGGUCAAAGAAUUUUAACGGCAAUUGAAACGAAGGUCGCAGCUCCAUGGGUGUUGUCUAUGCUUGCAUCUUUACAUUGGAGAAUAACGGGAAAACCUCGUUUAGCCUUAGAUUGUUUGCAGUUAGCAUUGGAAAGUGUUCCUGAAGAAUUUAAAGAUGUACCUUUAGUUAGUAUAGCUUCAAUACACCAUAAAGUAGGUUUAAUUGACGAUGCUUUAAGAAUUACGGACAAAGCCUUACGAAUUAAUGCUGUGGAGCCAAUGACUAAUUUUUUGUUUGGUAUAUUAUUAAAUGUAAAAGGAAAUUACACAGGAGCGAUACAUUAUUUGAAACAAGCAUUAAGAGUCGAUUCACAUUUAUAUGACAAUAGAGCAUUAAUGUUAUUAAAAACGUUAGCCUGCCGCGAAAAAUUUAAUGUUGUCACAGGCUGUGAAGAACAAAGAAUUAAUGUACAUACAAAAUAUUCUACGAACCUGCCUUCUGUAUUACUUACUAAGUAUAAUUUGCAAGCGAGUGAUACAUUUUUGCGUAAACGACAAAUCAAGAAUUGUAAACAUAUUAAAUAUGUUUCGACAAGGACAGAAGAACCAGGGAUAAAUUGUUGGAGUAGUCAUAAAAUUGGAUUAUUGGACAUAUCAUAUUACAAUAAAAAAGAACAAUCGCGCCAAGGUCUUACACAUUCAUUGUUACUUCCUAAUAGCGCAACUGAACUACACGAGCCACACGUGCAUAUGACUAGAAUUUCAGAUAACGACAUGUUACGUACAUACACUGACUCAUCCAAUAAGAUGUCUGACAAUCAAAAAGAGUCCUACUAUCCGAACAAAGAUGAAUGCGACGAGCUUAAAUACGAAGACUGGGCUGCUUCUCUAUUUGUAUUUCACAAAUUUAUACGACGAAACAUGACAAUCGAAGAUGAGAUCGAAUCAUUAGGCGAUGAUAUACCGAAUUUACAGCCAAUGUGUAAUAAGGGUAAUUUCGAGAUGAGUCGUGUGACUGAGAUGGUUCAAUUCUCGCAGUUAUUGCAAUACAAAGCUGAACUCGAUAUGGCUGAAUGGCUGAUGAUGAUAACUGGAGCGCAGAACGAUACUCUGCAAGGACUCGGCACUAAAAUCGCGUUUGCUUUGCAAAAGCAUUAUGCCUCUUGGACCUUGGCAAUAGCUGCAUCGUUUUAUUGGCGCGUGGCGGGCGAUAGUCGUAAGGCACUAGAUUGUAUGUGGCAGAGUUUAGAUAACACUCCGAAGGAUAUGCAAGAUAUACUUCUCGUAAACUUGGCGUCUUUACUUAGUUCACAAAAUUAUUUCCACGAGGCCCUUGAGAUCGCUCAGAUAGCACUCUCAAUUGGUCCAGACUUCAUAAUCAAUCAUUACGUUGUCGCUAAUCUUUAUGCUGCUUUGGGUGACUUCGAGUCCGCUGCAAGUUUCUAUAGAUCUUCGCUUGAACUUGACCCAAAUUUUGAGCCUGCUAUUACAAGGUUGCGAGUAAUACUAUGUUUUUUAUUAUUUGAUGAUAAAAAAUUCGCAAUGAGUGAGAUAUUGCGAAAUAUUUUAUAAUACGACUUUUUACAAACUGUUAAUGCGAAAUAAUUCGAUGAAAGUGCCUUUUUAUAUUGUUAAUACAUAAUAUUAAAAAAAUGUACGUAACAGUAUUAAAAACAAGGAAGAAACAAUUAUGUAGCAAUUAUAUACAUGAUACUACGUUAUUAUGUGUAUUACAAUAAAUUUAAAAUGAAGGGAAAAAAUAGUGAUGACAGAUACUUAAUUGUUAAAUUAUUACAGAAUUUUAUGCUCGGAUAAGAUACUUAUAUUUCUACAUCAAAAUUUUAAGUUUAACAUUUCGGAAUACAGAACAGAUGAAAAAUGAGCACACUUUUAGAUGUAUUAUUUAUCUCAUAUGAAUGUGAUAAUAACUUCUUAUUGUACUUGUGAUCAUGAAGCAAUAUAUUAUUAAAAUGUAAAAAGCAUUAAAUAAAAAAUAAAUUUUGCAAUGAA